AUGCACUACUUCGGCGUUAUCAUCAACACAGCCAUCGAGUAUGAUUGGCGCAUCGCCAUCGAGGCCGACCGCAAGUUCAGGUUAAGAUUAGACGGCCUAGUGCGAAGCGGCCAGCGACUGUUCACCGACCUCCUCGUGGACCCCCUUCUUUAUGGCCCUAUCGUCAUGGAAGCUGCCGCUGCUGUCCGCCUGGAGGCGUUCAGGCGUUCCACCAACCCUAACGCUUCCCGCUACCACUCGGGUCGCAAGCGCCAGCGUCAAGAUUCUGGGUACAACAACGAGUCGGCCGAGAAGACUGACCUCAAGGACGACAAAGAUCUAGCGGCCCACAUCGACGCUGUAGCGGCAGCAUCCGAGCGCUACUCCAUUCCUCCGACCAGCCUUUUCCAAGACGGCUCUGGUCUGGGCGCAGUUCUGCCCGACUUCAACGUUAGUAGCGUGGCUUUGAUCAAGAACCCCAGCUCCCCCUGGCUCACUAUAUUUACCCGCUGUGUUGUCGCAUGUGGUCCAGACACCACGUUGUCCGACGUCGCCAAGUCCGGAGGCAUUCCUGCUAAUCCAUUGGUCCUAGAACGCAGGUUCGAGACGGCCGCAGCUCUUUGCCGAGAAUGCCUCUGUCGUUUACUCGGAGCCGAGGAAGUUAAGUCCCCUCGCGCCGACUACUACGGCCAGCUCUUCGCUGCCAUGUUACGAGCAGGGAAUCUGCCAGAGUUUCAGCCAGAUGCAAGCCGUAUCUCACGCGAACCACCAGAGUGCGUGAAGGGUUUCGAACGACAUUAUGCCUCCGCUGAAGUGGGUAUGGACUUGCUGUACCAGAAGGUCAUGCGUGACAUUAAGAGUGGUUUCAUGGAGGAGGUCGACCCAGACCGCACCGACCUCACCUACGUCAAGUGUGCCCUGAUCGCGAAGGCCAAACCGAGCUGUACUGGUCCUGCCCCGUCGGAUCCUCUCACGGGAAUCCGCAUCGUCGAAGACUACCGUGCUAGCGGCGUUAACCGUGUGGGUGUCGACAACGACUUGAUCCCUGAGACGAUAGUCCUACCUAGUAUCGACGACACCAAGGUAGCGAUGGAAGCGAUCACGGCCGUUCAGCGCUGCAAUCCCUGGUGGGUGCCACCCACUGGGUGGGUCAACUAG